AUGGUAUAUCCCCUAUCUACUGACGGCCAGCAAGGCUCUUCACAUUCUAUGAACUCACAGACUAUAACGCUCCCUGCACCUGUACUGAAACUUCGUGGUGAAUCGAAAGAGAAUAAGAGUGAUGAUAAGGAGAAAACAAGUGUGAGAUGGAAGCAAGAUACUGUUGAUAAUGAGAAUCUAAACAGGAAGAAGACUAAGAUAUGUUGUAUCUUCCAUCCAAAUGAUGAGGAAGAAGAGGAUGAUCACGAUCAUGAGCAUCACAAACCUGAUCCUGCAGAUAGCAGUUCAGAUAGUGACUCAGAUUCAUCUGGAGAUGAUCAGGGUUUCGAUUUCAAUGAAAGAAGACAAAGAAGAAUCGAAAGACGUCACAAAAAAAUGCUAGAGGAUAAGGCUCCAAGUCCAAACGCUUAUGAAUUUCAACCUGAUUACACGCAUAGACAAAAUAAAUCGACGUGA